AUGGACCGGUUGGAAGUAAACAUUAUUCCUGAGGUUAAUGAGAUUUAUGUUUACAUGAAAGGUGUUCCACUUUUAGGCGAUGAAACAUUUGAUAAUGUAAUCAAAAAGUUUCAUCCCACGAAUCUUUACUCGUCUUAUUGUUAUGUUGAGAUUGCUGAUGGACAGAGGUUUUGGAGUCAGGAGUUCCAUAAUGCUACGCCUGUGGCAACCAAAUGUUUCAACCUUUGUGACAAUGGCAAAUGGACCAAUGUGAUGUUUAAGCCUGACUUGGAUAAGUUUGAUAUGAAGAAUCUUGAAAAGGACGUUAUAGCUUUGAUGAAAAAGCGUGUGUUGGACAUGGCAGUGUGCCUUGGUGAGACUGUUACGGUUGUACUCAACGGCACUGUGAUUCCAGUCAAGUCUUUUAAAGAUUAUGCUAAUUUCUUCUUGGAUCGUGCUAAACCCUUUCCCCUGCCAAGGACUCAUGCCAAAUUAGGUGAUAGGUUGGAGAUUUGCCUGAGUCUAAGUGACGGGAAGUUUCAACAGGUCAGCUUUGUUAACUCCAUUGCUACAAUUAAGGGUGGGACUCAUGUUGAUUACAUCACCAAGCAGAUUACUACCUAUAUAAAGAAGGAAGUAUUGAAGAAGAAGCAUGUCAAUGUGAAUGCUGACACUGUGAAGAAUCAGUUGUGGGUUUUUGUCAAUGCUCUGAUUGACAACCCUGCCUUUAAUUCUCAAACCAAAGAGAUGUUAACCACUAAACCAGCUAGAUUGGGUUUGAAGUUUUUUCCAGGUUCAAUGCUAAAUGAUGUUCAAAAAUCUCAAAUUCUGGACAACCUCCUACCACGGAUACCUUUCAAACACCGAACGCAUGUGGAUGCCAAGUUGGCUGGCAGACCCGACUCUGGCAAAUGUACCUUGAUUUUGACACAGGGACAAUAUGUGAAGGACUUAGCUAUGUCCGGGCUCUCUGCUGUGGUGGAUCCAGACCUCUAUGGUGUGUUUCCAUUGAGCAGCAAAUUGCUCAAUGCGACGAGGGACAGUAGAAAGCUAUUUAAAAAGAAAGAAAUUCAGAAUCUGAUGGCCAUUCUUGGACUUGUGCGAAACAAGAAAUACAGUAAUGCAAAAUGUUUGAGAUAUGGCCAGUUGAUGGUUAUGGCCAAUCAGGAUGAAGAUGGCGCUCACUUUAAAGGACUACUGAUAAACUUCUUUUAUUCAUUCUGGCCAUCACUACUUAAAGUUUCAAAAUUCAUGUCUGUGUUUACCUUUCCCAUUAUAAAGGCUUCUGAUUCAAAGAAGGGGAAGGAGUUAUCAUUUGAUUCUAUGCAGCAAUAUGAAGACUGGAAAAAAGAAUUGGGUAACACUGCAAAUGAUUGGGAGAUAAAGUACUGUCAGGGCUUGAGUUCUGCGCAGGAAGUGCGAGAGUACUUUCAAGAUCUUGGUAAGCACAGGGCAUAUUUUGUUUGGGAUGAUAAAGAUGAAACUUCAAUUAAGCUGGCAUUCAGUAAAAAAGCUGAGGAAUGGGAGGCUUGGAUUGGUAACUCUCAGCCUGGCACUUGUAAUUAUGAAAGAAAAGUUAUAAACUACAGGAAUUUUGUUAAUAAAGAACUUCUACUUGGUCAAAGGAAGACUCUUUUCUGCUCCUUUGAGAUGAAUUUGACCAAACAAACAGAAGUUUGCCGAUUAACUGCUUAUGUGACUGAACAUUCUUAUUGUCACUAUGGUCAACAAAGUAUUGCUAGCACAAUUAUUGGAAUGGCACAGGAUUUUGUGGGCAGCAACAACAUCAAUCUUCUUAUACCUUAUGGUCAAUUUGGCACUCGUGACCUGGGUGGUAAAGACCAUGCAAGUUCCAGAAAGUUAUACAUUAAGCUAAAUUGCGUUACUCGUCUCCUCUUCCCUGUGGAUGAUGAUAAGCUUCUUGAAUACUUGAAUGAGGAUGGGAGGUCCAUUCAACCAAACUGGUACAUACCAAUUAUUCCUCUCGUGCUUGUCAAUGGUUGCCAUGCCAUGGGGACAUGUUUUAGUUCUGAUAUUCCCAAAUAUCAUCCAUAUGAAAUUAUUAAGAAUGUAAGACGUUUCUUGAAUAAUGAGGAAAUGGUGUCAAUGAAACCAUGGUACAAAGGGUUCGGAGGAACCAUUGAGAAAAGUGCCAAGGGAAUAGGCUAUUAUACAGUCGAUGGUUUAGUGGAGAGAAUAAAUGAACAAACUUUCAGAAUCAAAGAGCUUCCUAUUCGAAUGUGGACUGAAGAUUAUAAGAAGUUCCUUGAAAAAAUAACUGCUCGGGGGCUCAUUGAGAGUUUUAGGCAAAAAGGUGAUUAUGAAAUAGUAAACUUUAAAGUCAAUGUGAAGCAAGAAGAAAUAGCUACAAUAGAGAAAGACGAAGAAUUACGCAAGAAGUUUAACCUGACGUGCACUAUUAGCACAAGCAACAUGUAUCUUUUUGAUGCAGAGGGAAAAAUUAAGAAAUAUAACACCCCAGAACAAAUUCUUGAAGAGUUCUGUACACUUCGGCUGAAGUAUUAUGUGAGGAGAAAGGUGAAUUAUUGUUGCUAACAAUUACAUAGAUCUUUCUCUAUAUCAUGUACCUAUUUAUUAAUAUGUAAACUGAAAUGCAAGUUGUGCUUG